UGCAAGGCAGCGCUCUGGGACCCCUGGUUUUCUAACUGGGAGCAGAGAUGGAGAGAAGUGAGGACCAAGGCCCUGGAGGGAGGGGGAGCCCUGCAGGCCUGGGGACUCCCGGGGCCUCCUGUGAGGUGUAACCGGACCCCUCUGACCUGCCUGACGAGGGGCAUGCUGUCCUGACCCUGGGCCUAUUCCUCCACCUCCCGGGGGGCCCAUCCUUUAUAUAAGGCCGCAGCAGGCUGGGCCAUAGCCCGUGGCCAUGGCCUUCACGGACCUGCUAGACAGCCUGGGUGGUGUGGGGCGGUUCCAGCUCGUCUACUCGGCCCUGCUGCUCCUGCCCUGCAGCCUGCUGGCGUGUCACAACUUCCUGCAGAAUUUUACGGCCGCUGUGCCCGGCCACCACUGCCGGGGCUCUGCCAACCACACCAUGGCCGCCACCAACCACAACCACUCGGGGGCCUGGCUAAGGGCCACCGUACCCCUGGACCAGCUCGGGGCCCCUGAACCAUGCCGGCGCUUCACGGAGCCUCAGUGGGCCCUCCUGAGCCCCAACACCUCUGUCCACGGGGCAGCCACGGAGGGCUGCAGGGACGGCUGGGUCUAUGACCUCAGCACAUUCCCGGCCACCAUCGUGACGGAGUGGGAUCUGGUGUGUGAGGCCCGCCCCCUCCGCGACCUAGCUCAGUCCAUCUACAUGGCCGGGGUGCUGGUGGGCGCCGCCGUAUUCGGCAGCCUCGCGGACAGGCUGGGCCGCAAGGGCCCCCUGGUCUGGUCGUACCUGCAGCUGGCAGUUUCCGGGGCCGCCACCGCCUACUUCGGCUCCUUCAGUGCCUACUGCGUCUUCCGGUUCCUGAUGGGCAUGACCUUCUCUGGAAUCAUCCUCAACUCCCUCUCCCUGGUCGUGGAGUGGAUGCCUACCCGGGGCCGGACCGUGGCGGGGGUCUUGCUGGGGUACUCCUUUACCCUGGGUCAGCUCAUCCUGGCUGGAGUGGCAUACCUGAUCCGCCCCUGGCGGUGGCUGCAGUUUGCUGUCUCUGUUCCGUUCCUCAUCUUCUUCCUCUAUUCUUGGUGGCUGCCGGAGUCAUCCCGCUGGCUCCUGCUGCACGGCAGGUCGCAGUUAGCCGUGGAGAACCUGCGGAAGGUGGCCGUCAUGAACGGGAGAACACAGGAAGGGGAGAGGCUGACCAAAGAGGUGGUGAACUCCUACCUCCAGAGUGAGAUCGCAAGCGUGCGCACCUCUAACUCGGUCUUGGACCUCUUCCGAACCCCGGCUAUCCGGAAGGUCACGUGCUGUCUCAUGGUGGUCUGGUUCUCCACCUCCAUGGCUUACUACGGGCUGGCCAUGGACUUGCAGAAGUUUGGACUCAGUGUAUACCUGGUGCAGGUCCUGUUCGGGGUCAUAGACAUCCCGGCCAUGCUGGUGGCCACCACCACCAUGAUUUAUGUGGGCCGCCGGGCCACUGUGGCCUCCUUCCUCAUCCUGGCUGGGCUCAUGGUGAUCGUGAACAUGUUUGUGCCCGAAGAUAUGCAGACCCUGCGCACGGCCCAGGCAGCACUAGGCAAAGGCUGCCUGGCCAGCUCGUUCAUCUGUGUGUAUCUGUUCACUGGAGAGCUGUACCCCACAGAGAUCAGGCAGAUGGGGAUGGGCUUUGCCUCGGUCAGUGCCCGCUUUGGGGGUCUGGUUGCACCCCUGAUCACCACGCUCGGGGAGUUCAGUGCCAUCCUGCCCCCCAUGGGCUUUGGGGCCACUUCGAUCCUGGCUGGACUGGCUGUCUGCUUCUUGGCUGAGACCCGCAACGCGCCCCUGCUGGAGACCAUCGAGGCCAUGGAGAGGAGAGUCAAAGGAGGUCUUUCCAAGAAGGAUGAAGAAGAGAAGAGGGAAGAAAUUUCUCUCCAGCAGCUAGGAGCUUCUCCCCUCAAAGAAACCAUCUAAGCAGCCAGAAGCCUAGUGCUGGCUCACAAUACCUCUUUGGGUGUCCAGACACCCCCACGGCUAUUCCUGAUGCUGAUGGGGGUGAGGUAGGCCAAGGACCAUCAAGACUCUUCGAGUCCAUCCCAAAGAGCCAGGCACAAACCAGCGCUCUGGUUCCUGAAAAGAAACUGACCACCAGCAGCCGACUGGCAUCACAAAUGUGUAGAAAGUCAAGAGAGACCCUGUCCAGGUGCCAAACAUUGUGUCUUUGCAAGGUUAGGGUGGCUGACAUUUGUGCCCCUGGUUGUCCCUGGGAUGGCCCCCCCAGCUUGUCCUUGCGAACUCACUCUGCUCCACUCCUUUGGCAUUUACUCUGUCUUGCCCAUAUAUGCAAUUAAACUCUUUUCUCCUAGUUUGUAUGACUUCCCUUCUCGACUAGCAAAUGUGGGAUUUGCACGUGGCACAUGCUUAGUAAGUAGUUAGUUGAAUAUGUGAUGAAAUUGGACUCAGGCACUGGAUGGAGACCUCUACCCCUCCCGCGCAUUCCUGGCAAUACCACCUUGCAGAAACAGGAUGUGGCUUGGUUCUCCAAACAUCUCACAGGGAGGUGAAUUCCUGGUAUCCCUCUGACUUCAGAUCCAUUCCCAGUCCAGAUGUUGGACAGGUGCCUGCACCCCUGACCUUGGCCUUCAUUGUCAUUCAGAUUGGAUUCAUGAAGGAUUCAAAUCCUGGUUCACUGAGUAGUCUUGAGCAAACUUCCCUGUCUGAUCCCUUCCUAAUUCCCUUCUGGAAUUACCAGAGAAUCGAUGAGAUCAGGGUUCCACCCCUAAAGCUCUAGAAAAAAGGGCAAUCUGGGAAAAAAGUAAGAAUAUCACAGUUUGGGCAGGAACCACUGCAACAUGUCAUUUCGCCAAGGUCAAGUCUUUCAGCAGCUUACACUUUGGAACAGAGCUUGGAGAAUCCUCCAGAAAGCUGUCCCAAGGCAUGAGCCCUGAUGCACCAAAGCCUCAGUUCCUCCCAUAGAUCUCACCUCUCAUUCAGCGAUCUUUGAUGUGAGUUUCCUUUCUGAGUUGUUCUCAACCCACAGCCCCCAGCGGAUCAGUAAUUUGAAAGGCAGCAGGCUGCUGUCAUGCCUUAAGAUCCGCCAUGACAGUCCCCGCCUCCAGGUAGCAGCAUUCCCUGACCUUCCCUGCCUGCCUCUGGGUGAUUCUGCCCUCACCGUUCGUGACGGAUUCAUUACAGGCUGAUCUAGCCUCGUGGCUCCUUGAAGACAGUUAUGUCAACUUCGUGUGUAGCUACCAUGGUCCACUCAGCAGGAACUCAGUUCAUGUUGCUGGAGUAGAUGAAAUGGUCAUGAGGAUUUUUUUUUUUUAAGUGACAUGUAGGACACCUGGGUGGCUUGGUGG